AUGGCGUGGAUGAUCCCCAACGAACUCUCCGACAUUGUAACAACUAAAACAUCGUUACCCACUCCGUCAACAGAGGACUGUUUCUACUGGCCGCAAGAGAAACAGUGGGUCCCCGAACGGCUCCUGAAGAAAUUGAAACCUGCGGAGAGGAAGCAGUUGCAGGGCGCAAAUGCCAUGGUCCAGAAGGCCGCCUCUGGUCAGAGCAAAUGCCGCAAGUGUGGUGGUUCCAUUGCCAAGGGGGAACUCCGCGUGGGCUAUCCUACAUCCGAUCCCCGGGGGGCUUAUGAGGUGCUUUGCUGCUGGUUGCACCUGGGCUGCAGCAGGGAGCUCUUUUCUCUUGUGUUGAACGAACAAGCAGAAGGCGAUGUAAUUGAGCGAUUGAGGGAAGAUCUCGUUACUUCUCUCUCGUGUCUGGAAGCAGUUGCUGCAGGGCCUGCAGAAUCAGCUAACACACCCAAGGCUGAGACGCAGGCCGCAGAUGCCCAGAUUCCCCCCAAAGGCGAAGAAACUCCUCUGAAGAAAGAGCAACCAUUACGCAGGACGUGGGUGUCUGGUGGUAAUAAUGUCGUGGCAAAGACAGAAGAAGAUACUGACAACAACCGAGAGGCCCCCACCGUUGCGUCUACUGCAGCCUGCAAAAGCAGCGGCGCCUCUUUCGCCUCUGCCUCUUCUAUCCCGUACGAGGGGUCUAGAGAAUGUGGGGAUUCAGCUGGCGCUGAUGAAUCAGGCUGCGCUGUGGAGGACAAGAAGGGAAGUGAAGCGCUGUCAACGCGAGACCGUCUGUUGCUAGAGAGAGCCGGCUGCAUCGUCUCUGUUGACCGUUUAUGUCUGAUGGCUGAAGGCCUGUCACAAGCGGAGCAACUGGAGGUCCACAGAACCCUAGCUGCAGCGGCUCUCCGGUUGUUUUUCCCGGAUGAGGUGCAGAAGGAGGCAGUAGCCAGCACAGAAGCAGCCGAAGAAAUGCUCGAGGGGCUGACCAAGAGGGAAAUAAAAGGACGUGUGGCGUCGCCCAAAGGGCUUCUGCUGCCGCUUCUUCCUUUUCAGGAAGAGGGCCUUUGGUGGCUAACGCAACAAGAGGCUUCUCACGUAAAGGGAGGCAUAUUAGCUGAUGAGAUGGGAAUGGGGAAGACGAUCCAGAUCAUAUCUCUCCUGCUGUCCCGUCCACUUCCGGCACUUCCUGAAUCUGUGCCCUCGUUGGUGCGGGCCUGCGUCUGCUCCACGUUGAUCGUUACUCCACUAGCUGCAUUGCUGCAGUGGAAGAGCGAACUCGACAGAUUUGUGGCACCAGGGCGUCUCUCGGUGCUCAUCUACCACGGUUCUCAGAGGCGGGCUCUCCACUCGGCACUUCAUCAGUACGACGUCGUCUUGACAACGUAUCAAACUAUUGAACAGGACUUUCGCAAGCAAAUAAACAAGCACAAAGUCGCAUGCAAGUACUGCGGGCGGCUCUUCAUGCGGGACAAACUAUUCGUUCAUCAGAGGUAUUUCUGUGGGCCUGAGGCCCAGCGCACCGCCAAACAGAGGCUGACUGAGCGCAAAAUUGACGAAGGCACAAAACGGGCGAUGGUUUCGCUGAACAUCAUCAAGGAAAAUGAGGACCCAGUUGCAGCGCCUGCCACUGCAGGGAAGAAACGGAGCAGCAAGAAGAGUAAGAGCGCAGCGCCACAAGAACAAACAGAGCCUGCAGCUUUCGUACCCACGCCCGGCAACUGUUUAAAGGAGUUGCUCCAGCAGGCAAACAUCAACCCCAACGAAGUCGGACCCCUGCCGUGGCUGGGUCCGCACGCCUACCGGAACGCGAAGGCUGCUGCAGAUGCAGCUGAAGUUCCAACGGGAAAGAGACGAAAGACAGCCGCGGAGAGUAGCAGCAGUAGCUCCAGCAGCGGCGACAAGGGCAACAACGACGAGAGCAAAGGCAUCGAGGGGGAUGGUGGGCUAACCAUGACCGAAGUCAGUCGCUUGAAAGUCGCAGAACUGAGGGAACUUAUUAAGGCUCUUGGUGGGGCCGCAGCACCCCGGUCUACGAAGGCCCAGCUGCUGGAACAGCUGGAGCCUCUGCUUCAGCGGAGCGUGUCCAGAAGCGGAACUUCAAAGGCUGCAGAAGAGAGCGGCUCAACAGGAACAACUAGUGAGAAUAUUAGUUCGCGAGAGGCUCCAGAGUCCGGUGAAGGGGACAGGAUCGAUGGCGAGCAGCAGCAGCCACAGCAGCAGCAGCAGGUCGCCGCAAGGGAAGCAGGCCGGAGCAGCCAGCCAAAAGCUGGCAGAAAAGUAAGCUGCAAGAAGGCUCCGCAGCGGGAACUGUCCAGUGAGGGUGUGGAAGAUGAGCAGCAUACUGCUCGCUCAUCCAGCAGCGACAGCAGCGCCGGCAACAGCGAAACAAAGGCACCAAUCAAGGAGGCACAAGUUCGGCGUGGAGCGAAUUCAUCCGUCAAGCAUGAGCCGGCAGAAUUCGGUGAUGAGAAAACCCACCAACAAGACAAACAUUCGUCAGGCAGCAGCAGCAGUAGCAGCAGCAGCAAGAAGAAUAAACCACCUUUUAAGUACGUCAAGCCAAUAAAGCCGCAGCAGCAACGGUGCGAAGCGGCCGUAUCAGAGGACGACGAACCUUUGUCUGUAUCCAAAAAGAAGACCCUGAAAGCGAAUAAAGUCAAGGGUACAGGAGUAAAGAAAAGCAGUAAGAACGGCGGCAAGAAGGGCUACGAGAGGGCCUCCCGGGGUUGUGCCCAACCAAAGAUGCCAGUGAAGAAGGCGUCGGGAAAGGGCCCAGGGAGACGACGUCCAGCAGUCCGGCGACAUGACAGCAGCGAAAGCGACUGGGAGAGCAGCAGCACGGAGUAUGAGCCAUCGGGUUCUUCAUCAGAAAACGAUUCUUCAGAGUCCUUUGUUGCGACGUCCUCAGAUGAGGGGCCAGCUGGCACUGAUUCCGAAGCAUCGUCAGUCGUAUCUGUCCUCUCCGCUGAGAGCACGAGACGGCGUGUCAGGACAAACCGUAGUGCAGGCCGAAAUAGCACGGAACGGGUGAAAAUGUCAACUCUUACCCCAGUAGAUGCGUUGCUGUGGGGCAAGGCAUUGGGCGACACAGAAUCUGAAGACGGAGAGGAAGGUGGGCAGGUAAAAGAAAAACUGGAGGAAGACCCCGAGCUUGUAGAGUCCCUCCGGCAGUCUCCUCUUCAUGGGGUUGUGUGGCAGAGAAUUGUGCUGGACGAAGCUCACCGGAUAAAGUCAAGGAACAGCAGCACCGCUCAAGCCAUAUUUGCCCUGCGCAGCGCCACAAUCAGGAUUCCAGGAUGCCAGGGGCAGCUAAAACAGCGAGAUCAGGUGACCGACCAGCAGGUAAAAGAGGGAGAUACAAAAGGCUCUUGUGAUAGCGAUACUGCGGUGCAGCAGUCUGUCACUGAGGGCGAUGACGAGGGAGUUAAGACGAAUAGCAGCAACCGCGAGGUCGAAGAUCAGGGUGGCAAGAAAGAAAAGCUGCAACGCCAGAACAAGCAACAACAGCAGCGAGUUCGGGAGGGAAAACAAGAUAGGGAUGUGGAACCGGAGCAACAGGAAGGGACAGCCAAAGCUGCUGGGUCUUCCAGACGUGCGGGAAGUACACUUCGCGGCAGCUUCAGUGGGAGCAGUAGUGGCAACGAUAACGAAGAAGAGAGUACUGUUGCUACCUGUGAUGGGGAAAGAAAAAAACCGGAAUUUUCGAUUGUUGUGGGAGGCAGCAGGUGGUGUCUGACAGGUACACCGCUUCAAAACAGAAUUGGGGAGUUGUACAGUCUUGUACGUUUCCUGCGGUUUUACCCCUACGCAUAUUACUUCUGUUCGAAGAAGGGCUGCACCUGCAGAUCAAUGCACUACCGUUUUGCGGAUGGGAAGUAUUGCGACAAGUGUUCUCAUACGCGGAUGACGCACUAUUCGUUCUUCUGCCGCCGCGUUGUGAAGCCAAUCAAAGAGUUUGGCUAUCAGGGGGAGGGUAUUGUAGCCCUAGAGACUUUGAAAAGGGAGGUGCUAGAUGUUUGUUUGCUCCGGCGCACAAAAGUCGAGAGGGCAGCUGACGUUAAACUGCCUCCUCUCGUUGUGUCCAUAAGGAGAGACGCGUUAAGCCCACAGGAAAGAGACUUCUACGAGUCCCUUUUCAAGCAGACGGCCAUUCAAUUCGACUCGUAUGUGAAGAGUGGCACCGUUCUCCACAACUUCGCGCACAUUUUUGACUUGUUAUCGAGACUUCGCCAAGCAGUGGACCACCCCUAUCUUCUCAUUCACGGGUCUCUUCAGUCCAAAGAGGGUUGUGUGCCCUUACCUACUGAUUCACGGAACCCACAGCAAACUGGUGUCUGCACCAUUUGCCAGGAAGACAUGGAUCCCAUCGACAUGGCCCAAGCGAAGUGCGGGCAUGCAUUCCACCGCCUCUGCGUUCAAGAGUACAUCGAGUCUGCUCCAGCUGCAGCAGCAGGUCAGCAGCAACCUCCAGCCGCUGCAGCGGCACUAGGUUGCCCGGCUUGCUUCGUUCCCCUUACUAUAGACUUGUCGAAGGUAAACGGAGGCGAGUCGUUGGAAGAAAUCCCAGCAGGAAGUAAAGCGAACGCAAAGGCUGGCAGGGGGAGGAAACGAAAGCAGCAACGCGAGGAAGGAGAGGGACUAUCGGAAAAUGAACAGGAUGCGGCUGAGCUGGACACCGUUUCUGAGGAUGAAGCAGAACUAUUAGCUUCCGGUGAUGCAGGAUUGGUUGCCAACUCAGCUGCUUCAACGAAGAGCACCGGAAGGCGGGGAGGGAUCAUGAAAAAGAUUAGCGCUAGCAACUUCACAAGCAGCACUAAGAUUGAGGCUCUCGUUCAAGAACUGAACAUGGAAUCGGAGCAAGACGCCCAAGUCAAGAGUAUCGUGUUUUCGCAGUUCUGUGCUAUGUUGGACCUCAUCGAGUUCCGACUGAAGAGAGAAGGGAUACAAUGCGCCCAACUUACGGGGUCCAUGACUGCCGUUGCGAGGAGCAACGUGCUGUAUGCAUUCAACAACGAUCCCAACUUGCGGGUGAUUCUCAUCAGCUUAAAGGCUGGCGGCGAGGGGUUGAAUUUGCAAGUUGCCAGUAGAAUAUAUUUGAUGGAUCCUUGGUGGAACCCUGCUGCUGAGAUGCAAGCCAUCCAGAGGGCCCACAGAAUAGGUCAGACUAAGCCGGUAAAGGGUGUGAGAUUUAUAUGUAGCGACACAAUUGAAGAGAGAAUCCUUCAGCUGCAAGAAAAGAAACAACUUGUGUUCGACGGUACUGUAGGCGCGUCUAAUCAGGCGAUGCAUAAGCUGACCCAAGAAGAUCUUCGUUUUCUCUUCCAGUCGUAG